CAAAUUCCAGUGUUACGUGGGUUCAGAGCAAGGCCGAAAGACCUUGGCUAAGAUGGAUAUGGUGAAUGCGAACGGAGAGCAUGUUAAUGAGCUACUUCAAGCUCAAGCUCACGUUUGGAACCACAUUUUCAAUUUCAUAAAUUCCAUGUCUCUCAAAUGUGCAAUUGAUUUAGGUAUCCCAGAUAUUAUUCAAAAUCAUGGCAAGCCCAUGACCAUUACUGAGUUGGUUGCUGCACUGCCAAUGCUCAACCCUACCAAGGCAUGCAACAUCUACCGGCUCAUGCGUAUUUUGGUUCAUUCGGGAUUCUUUGCACAACGAAAUUUAUGCAAUGAUGCUCAAGAAGAUGGUUAUGUUCUUACGAAUGCUUCUCGUCUGCUACUUAAGGAUAAUCCCUUAAGCGUAACACCUUUUUUGAAAGCUAUGUUGGAUCCUAUUUUAACAGAGCCUUGGCAUUGUUUAGGCACCUGGUUCAAAAAUAAUGAUCAUACUCCAUUUGAUACCACACACGGAAAGACAUUCUGGGACUAUGCCGGACAUGACCAAAAGCUAAACAGUUUGUUUAAUGAAGGAAUGGCUAGCGAUGCUCGAUUGGUUAAUAGCAUUCUUAUUGACAAGUGCAAAAAGGUGUUCGAGGGAUUGAAUUCUUUGGUGGAUGUUGGAGGUGGUACCGGAACAUUGAGCAAGGCCAUUGUUGAUGCGUUUCCACACUUGGAGUGUAUUGUGCUUGAUCUUCCUCAUGUUGUUGCUAACUUACAAGAUAGUGGGAACUUGAAAUAUGUUGCAGGUGACAUGUUUAAGGAAAUUCCAGCUUCAGAUGCAAGUUUACUAAAGUGGAUAUUGCAUGAUUGGAAUGAUGAUGAAUGCUUGAAGAUUUUGAAGCGAUGUAAGGAGGCAAUUUCAAGACAAAACAAGAAGGGAGGAAAGGUGAUGAUAAUAGAUAUGGUAUUGAUGAAGAAUGAGAAAAUGAAUGGUGAAGCCUUCAACUCGACAGAAACGCAGCUCUUCUUCGAUAUGCUGAUGAUGGUUUUGGUGACCGGAAAAGAGAGACAAGAAGAAGAAUGGGCUAAACUAUUUUUUGCUGCAGGGUUUAGUAACUACAAAAUUACUCCUAUUUUAGGUUUGAGAUCUCUUAUUCAAGUUUUUCCUUAAUAAAAUUAAGUAAUAUGUUUGGAAGAAAA